AUGGCCGGUCCAGAUUUCGUUUGGACCUGGGAGGAAUUUGUGGUUCGUUUUAACCAGAAAUUCUUCCCCGAGCAUGUUCAAAUCCAGAGGGCGAUCGAGUUUGAGACCCUAGUUCAGGGCAAUUUGUCAGUAUUACAGUAUGAGGCCCAUUUCUUAGCCUUGUCUAGAUUUACUCCUCAUCUUACCAGCGAUAAGAAGAUGAGGGUUCGUCGCUUUAUGACUGGUUUGCGUCCUGCCCUUCGUAGCCGUGUGGUGGGACAUUGUUUGGAGAUGUUCAAUCAGGUUGUCCAUCGGGCAUUGGUUUAUAAGGAGGAUUGGGCUAUUACCCAAAGAUCGAGAGAGCAGAUUUUCGGUGGAGAUCGGAAGAGGAGAGCACCAGCCAGCAGUUUCAAGCAGCACCGUUAG